AUGCCGGCCGAUAUCUUUUUUGAGUCCGAUGACUCGGAAUUCUCCGAGACCGAUCUCUCCGUCCAUGGCCGCAAAGGUCGUACCUCGUUCCGCCGGCGAUCAGUCUCUCGUCACCGUCGUCCCGAGGCACGAGAAACCCUUAUGGUCCCCGUCCAAUCCACACGAGUCCAUCGGUCUGCUUCGACAGGUGGUCGCCGAAACCGCGAUCGCAACGAGGUCCCCGCUGUCAUGAUCGUCAACGAGCAGGCCCAACGUACCGACAACAGUAACACCAAUAAGCCCCGCCGUGUGCAGCAGAAGGUCGUCGAGCCUGAGUGGGAGGAUGAGGUGAUAUUACCCCGUCGUCGUGCAGUGACUGGUGUCUCCCGUGAUCCCUCCCCCUUCCACCAUGACCGCGAUACCGAACUUGCGCUCAACCAGAAACUCCUCGAAAAGAGUGAUCUCCGCCAGGAUAUGGAGAUCUGGAAGCAGCAGCAGGAGAUCGAGCGGUUGGAGCGUGAGCUGGAGAAGCACCGCGAUCGGGCCGAGCCUCGCGAUCCACGGGAGUCACGGCUGCUCCGCGAAGAAGAGGAGUGGUAUGAGGAUGAGAUUAGUGACCGACUGCGCCGACUGGAGCGAUUUGAGCGCAAGAAUCGCGCCGAAGAGGAGCGGCGCAAUGCAGAGAAGGAGUGGCGUCUAAAGAGACUUGAGGAUCAGGAGCGGGAGGCUGCCGACCAGAAGGCAUGGCGACUGAAGAGGCUCGAGGAGGCGGAGAAGGAGGCUGCCGACCGUGAAGAGCUAAAGCAAAAGCUCCGCAAUGAGAAGCUGAAAGAGCUCGCUAAGCAGAAGGAGGAAGAAGAAGAACGCGAGAAGCUGCGGAAGGAGCUCCAAGAGGAAAAGAUGAAGGAGCUUGUCAAGCAGAAAGCGGAGGCUGAAGCCCGUGAGAAGCUGCGGAGGGAGUUCCUCGAAGAGGAGCGUCGCAAGGCAGCUGAGGCGGAGGAGAAAAAGAAAAAGGAGCAAGCAAUGAAGCUCGCUGCGAUCGAGGAGUGGAAGUUGGAGCAGGAGCGUAUCAAGCAGAGGCAGAAGGAAGAGGCGAUCAAGAAGGACAAGGAGUUCCGAGAGCGCCUGCGCCUGGAGUUUGGAUAUACCGAGGAAGAGAUCGAGGAGAUUCUCAAUAAGAAGAAAAAGGCCGAGAAGGAAAAAGAGAAAAAGGAGAAGAAAGAUGAAAUUAUCGAGGAGAAGACUACUUGGAUCAAGGUCCACCGCAAGCAUCUGCUCCCCGAAACCCUUCUUGCCUACAACUUGCCCUGGGACUGGGACGAGCGCGAUAGCAACUACAUCAUCAUCAAGCGCUGGGUCACCGAGGACUUCCAAGAAGAGCUCUUCGCUCACACCCGCCGUAUCCGCGAAGGCAAACUGGUCGCGCAGACCUCCAGCUCCACCACCGAACUCAAGAUCAACGACCGCAACAAGGACAAGAUGUACCUGGUGCGGAAGAAGAGCCCGAGCCGACGACUACGCAUCUUCGCAUAA